CGUUACGGCGUGCCAAUGUUUGAAAUAGACAGGACAAGCGGUUGAAUACAAACAACGUAGUUUACAACAAUUUCAUCAUAAAGGCUCUGCUUGGGCAUCGGCGAAGAAUGUCCGCCUUACAAGGAUCACCUGUCAAAGGAGUCAGUGCACCUUUGAGGACACCCCUCCGAGAUGUACAGAAUGAACUUGCCCCCAGGCAACAGACCCACAAGUUAAAGUCAGUCAUGCCUGAGAGCACCACACCUGGAAAAAAGGGUCACAUCACAAGUUGCCACACUGCGCCACGAUAUGUUGAGGAUCAUGUUGACGAGAUGCAAAAGACCCCUUGUGAGUCUCCAAAUGUAGCCCCAAAAAUUGACUCUUCCAGCGACUCUCCGGACGACCCAGGAGACAUGACAUACAAGUCGUUUGUGUGUUUAGGAGGAGAAAUCCAGCUCUCUGAUACUUUAGAUGCAGCAGAUGUCACUCUGGGCAUUCCACUGGACAGCAACAGUCAUUCCACAUGUGUUGAUGGUGAACUUGUAGAGGGAAGUUUUCAGAGCUUUCAAGAUGACGAACCCCAUUUUGAUCAUCCCUACCAUCAGGCAGAGAGAGGCAUGAUUUCAUCCAGCGAUGUCUCUGCCGUCACUCUGAAUGCCACAGACAUGUCUGCCUCCCCAGACAGCCUGUCUACAUCCCAUCUUGCUGUUACACACCAGGGCACCACAGACGUUGGUGACGUUACAUUCAAGUCGUACGACUGUUCUGGAGUACAGAUCGAGGUGCUGGGUACCCCUGACAAAACCUCUGAGCUUUCAGCUUUUUUCAAGAAUCUAACAGUGCAGGACUGCCAAGCUCUGUCCCAGAGCACAGUCAGUUUUGAUGGAGGUGAAGAGGUGUUGCUUAGCAGCAGCCAACAUGCAGAUCAUCCGUAUUGUGAUGUGGAAAAGAGCAUGAGUAGGGAGCCUGCUGUGUGCUCGAGCCAUGAGCUGUCCAUAGAGCAAGCAUUGGAGGAAGACCUUGUUUUUCAGAUGCAUUCCAAAAGCCAUGUAGAGAGCUUGCUUCAAGUCGAAGAGACUAAUGCCGAUGCAGGUUCAAAUAAUGGACAGAUUGAAGACAUUACGUUCAAAUCCUUUACAUGCACGGGAGGGGAGGUUGAGAUUUUGGAAGAUGCCUCCAUACUAUCAGAACAAUCUGCUGCCAUCAUGGAGGAGAAGAUACUGGAAAACAGUCAAAUAUCGGUCAAUGUCACUGUACCUGAAGAAGAGACCAGUGCUGCUGUGCUACCUGGAGAAGGCCAUGUUGAUCAUCCUUACUCUGAAAUCCAGAGGCCUUUCGCUAGUGAUGUCCCUGUCACUAACCCAUCGUCAGAGAUCCUCAUCGGUCCGGAGAGGAGAGGGGAUGAAGAGAGCAGUGGGGCUCAGGUCAUUUGUGAGGACGACAAAAUGACCUCUGUGCACGGAGAGGACAGUGCAGUGCUUUCGUAUGACCGAGACCUCAGUAGCUGCACUGAUGAUGUGUCCACAAAGAGCUCUGCGCCUGUCCCUGAGGACAGUGAGAUGACGCCAUCGUCUGCAGGCUCCCAGCAUGCACCACCAGAGAGGAGCAGCGGUGGCCUGGACAGCGCUCUGGGCUCGUCUGGACACCCCCUCCAGACGUCUGAGAGCGAGCCGGAGGAGAUGCGGCGGGACAGCCCCCAGUCUGUGCUCGCGGAGCCUCCGUUCGGCCACCCCCUGCAGCUCUCCGCCCCCUGCACCCCGAAAGCCUCCUUCCUGUGCAGGAGCAUCCUGCUGGACCCUCAGGCCGACGAGCAGGACAGCCGGCUCUGGGCCGGCGCUCUGGACAGCCCCCUGCCGCCGCCGCAGCUCAACUCCACCGCCCUGCCCUCCAGCCUCGCCUGCACGUCCGUCCCUCCGUCCCCCUCCGGCCAGGCCCCGCCUGUGGCUCCAGAGGCCCUCGUGGCUGCUGCUCCAGAGGCCCCCGUGUCUGCUGCUCCAGAGGCCCCCGUGUCUGCUGCUCCAGAGGCCCCCGUGUCUGCUGCUCCAGAGGCCCCCGUGUCUGCUGCUCCAGAGGCCCCCGUGUCUGCUGCUCCAGAGGCCCCCGUGUCUGCUGCUCCAGAGGCCCCCGUGGCUGUGGCUCCAGAGGCCCCCGUGGCUGCUGCUGCUGCUGCUGCUGCGGUGGUGGUGCGCGCGGCUCCUCCGCUGGACCCGUUGGCCGCCCAGGCCGCGCUGCUGGGGUGCGGCCCGCUGCAGGAGCAGCUGAGGCAGAUGGCGGAGCUGCUGAUCGCGGCGGCGUCGGGGAACAUGGCCCCUCGGCCGGCGGCGGCGGCGGCGGCGGCGGCGGUGGUGGAGCGUCACCACGCCGAGGCGGCCACCACGCCGGUCAAGCAGCGCAGCGUGUCGGUGUGCACGUCGCCGAUGCAGUGCGUGGAGCGCAGCAUGAACACGUCGGUCCAGCCGGUGGUGGAGGUGCCCGUGUCCGAUGCCAGCACCACCACAGACUCCCUGCUAUGGAAUCUGAGCCCUGGCUGUCUGGAGGCUCUCCCGAGAGCGGAGCUGGAGCAGAGGCUGACCUCCUACAUCAUCAUGUCGGAGGCUCUGCUGCAGCAGCUGGCCUCUGCCCGGGCCCAGGCCCCCAACGCCGGCCCACCACCCUCGGACAUGCGCAACCAACUCAUCCAGACCGACCACACGGAGCUCAGCCAGAUGGAAACCUACAAAGACCUGUAUGUUAUCGCCUUGGACAAGAUUAAGAGUCUUCAGCAGGAUCUACAGGAUCUUCAGAACCUACAGCACAACAUGCAAGCCGUGUCCUCCAACAUGGUGGCCGUGAAGACAGAUGCUGAGGACACUUUGGCCUCCAUGAAGGAAAUUGGUGGCAUUGUCACUGCAGAUCAGGAGGAGAUGUCCAGACAGGUGUCCCAGAUGAGGUCCCUCUAUGGGAAGUGCCGGGAGACCCUGAGGAAGAUGCAGCAGAAGACCAGAGACUGCCUGCAGCAGAGAGAUGGCAUGAGGCAGAGCAUGGAGGAGGCCCAGCAGGACAAACAGGCGGCCUUCAGUGUGGUGGAGCAGCUGCGGGCUCACUGUGCGUCUCAGCUGGCCGAGCUGGAGGAGAGUGUGGGCUCACACCAGCAGCUCCUGGAGGCCCUCAGACGCUCCUGCCCCCUGCAGGCUGCAUUUAACAACGACUACGUGGAGACUCUCAGCGAGGCCAAGGAGCUUUUGAAGGUCAAGCUGGAGGACCAUGCCAGUUUGCUGGAGGAGCUGGGGAGGGCGCGGUCCCUCCUGCGGAGGAGCAGGCCGGUGCUGCAGCAGCUGCACCAGAGGGCCUCCAGGGCCCAGGAGCAGAGCGAGCAGGACCGGGCCGAGCGGCAGCAGGCCCUGGAGGACAGAGCCCAGAUCCAACAAGAACUGGAGCAAGAGCAAGCAAGUCUCCAGGAUGCAGAGCAACAGAUUGGAGAUUUGAACACUCAGUUGACUAUCUUGAGUGCAGAGAUGGGGGUUCUGCGGCAGCAGCUGGCGGAGGUGGAGGAGGAGCGCGACCAGCUGCAGCGGCGCAGCACGGAGCUCUCGGCCACCGUCACCUCCACCCUGGCCUCCUACACCUUCCUGGAGCAGGCCCUGGGCAGCGAGACCAGGAAAAUGCAGCAGUCUAAGCAUGAAGCCCAGGAAGCCAUAGAGAAGGCCAGUGGGCUGGAGCAGGCUCUGGAGGCCUCCCAGCGGCAGGUGCUGGAGCUGAGUGAGGCUCUGGCCCAGAGGGACGGCCAGGUGAGCGAGCUCCAGGCUCAGGCCGAGACCCACACCGCCCAGCUCCGCCAACUGCCCAAGCUGGAGGCCGAGCUGUCCAGCUCCAAGGAGAUGAACGAGUUUCUGCAGAUGGAGAACGAGUUGACGCGGGAGCAGAUGUCCGAGAGUGAGGGGAUGCUGCGUUCCCAACUGCAGGGCCUCAGGGAGAGGAAUCUGGAGUGUGAAGAUCUCAAGCUCGCCCUCUCCCAGCUCAGGCAGGAGCGGGACGCUGUGCAGGAGGAGCUGUGCAGCAGCACUAGGCGAGCGCGGGCGCUGCUGCAGGAUCAGGGGGAGCAGCUGAGGCAGGCCACCAGCCACGUCACCAUGCUGCAGCACCAGGUGCUCUGCUUCAACAGCACCCUGGAGAUAGCCCUCGCCACCGCGGCAUCUGAACCGUGUACGGAGGAGGAGGAGUGUCCCGAGCAGCCCGCCUCCUUUGUGGACUCCAUCAUGAGGGCCAUGACCCAGGAGGAGGACGAGGAGCAGGAGCGGCCCAGCUACACGUCUGAGGACACAGAAGUGGAGGACGGCCAUGCUGAUGGAUUGAGCAGCACACGCAGCGCCUUCUCCCGUGUCCCGGCGACCACACCCAAAAAACAACAAGAUCGGGAGAGCUCUGUUGUGCAGGCGGUGGCCCAGCUGUCUGAGAUGUUCUCUAAGCUCACCAGCACCAUCCAGCAGUUCCAGCAGCACCAGGACACGGAGCAGGAGCAGCUGCACAGAGCCAAGGAGGGCCUGCAGGAGGAGCUGCGCGAGGAGGCCCACCGGCACCAGCAGGAGGAGCAGGAGCUGCGGGAGCAGCUGCACAGGCUGCAGACCCAGCUGGAGAAGGACGCCACCGCCCUGCAGCAGAAGGCCCAGGAUGAGAAGACGCUGAACAAGUUGUGCGGUGAGAUGGACAAGAACCUGGAGCAGGCCCAGAAACACAGAGCAGAGAACAUCGAGUUGCGGAGGGAAGGGGCGGAGUUGCGGCGGGCGCUGCAGCAGUCUCAAGUGGAGGCUCACGUCCUGAAGGAGGAGCUUAACCGAGCCGUCGGCCAAUCGGCUUCAAGCACCAAGGCCAUGGAUGAGAGGAUCCGCCUUCUUAAAGAGGUGGAGAAACUGAGGCAGAGUCUGGCGGAGGUGGAGGAGUCCAGGUCCAAGCUGAUGGAGAGAGCCAAGAGACAUCAAACGGUCCACGUGACGAACCAGAACAAGCUGGAGCGGGAGCUGCAUCUCCUGGACCACAUGAUCGAGACCGUCAGGAAGACGCUGUUAUCUGUGCCGCAUGUGGUGAAGAGCUGUGCAGAGCUGCAGAAGCUGCUGGAGUUUCUUGGAUGAAGAUGUACAUAAUAGGGAGAUUUUUCAUCGUGUUAACUUCAUUUUUACAUAAAUAUUAGAAUAAUAAAUAAAGUUGUUUUAUGGAGUUUCCUG